CAUGCCAAAUAUUAGUUUGAAGAGUUUAUUAGAACAACUUGCCCAGAUGGUUUCUCAUCUGCAAACCGAAGUAAUAAAAACAAAGUCAUAUUCACGGCAGAGAGCAGAGUUCGAAUGCGCUGUACUGAAAAUUGGGGGAGAAUGUUCUAGACACUGCAUUUUCGUUAGUGGAAAUAUUCUUCGAAAGAGUAAAGAUUUGGUAAAUGUUAUUCUAGAAAAUUUAAACGAAAUUGAGAAGGCACUGGAGAAAUAUGAACCAUGGAGGGUAAAACACGUGUUAAACUCAUCACAAUGUGCUACUAUGUUAUUGAAAGUGAGACAAAUUAUGGAGGGUAUGGAUUUAUUGGAGGAGUUUGAAAAGGAAUUUAAUAACAACGGCAACCUAGUUAUGAUAAGAGACGAGAAACUUGGAAUGACGCAAAGUUUUAAGAAAACUACUGAAAAUUUAGAUAAAGCUCAAACUGUCAUCGAAAACAAGACUAAUCAUAGUGAAAAAAUAAAUACCGAAGUAUAUAAUCUGGCAAAGCGUUUUCUAGAGAAAUCUAUAAACAAAUCUGUACUUUGUCACGAUGCUGAAGCUGUUAAGCAGGUUAUUAAGACCUUUUUAUCAAUAAUGGAUAGUAAUUUUGAGGAAAAGGCAGAUCAUAAAUUGAUGCUAGAACGCCAGUCAGUUAUAGAAAUUACUGAUACUAAAUUACAGCUCAUUGAUAAAAAAGCUCAAGAAAGGGAAAAUUCUCUAGUCUAUGACCUCAACACCAAGAUAAAUACUUUUUCUGAACGUUUAGAUAUGGUAGAAAUAUUAUGUAAGAAAAAGCAAUAUAAGCCUGAUCAAACUCUAGAACAUAGUAGGAUAGAACUUUUUAAAAGCCCAAAUUAUUUUGGAAAAUCAAGCGACUGCCUGUCAAUCCCACCGGCUUUUCAUCAAGAGGAACCUUCUUCAUCAGAUUUUUCUGAUGAUACUGUUGUAAAAUUCAAAGUGAGGGAAGAAAUUAGCCUUUUCGAAUAUGAAUCAAUAAUUACAGAUCCUAUGAACCACUUUAAUGGAUCGGUUGAAAAUUAUCCUACAUUUAUGAGAAGACACAAGAGUUUGACAUCUAAAUUCAAUCUUACAGAGUUCCAAAAGUUAAACCUCCUAGUUAGGACGCUAAAUGAAGAUGCUAAAAGGUAUAUAAGGAAUUGUUUAAAAUCUUUAAAGGGAGGCUAUAAUCAGGCCGUUAAUAUGUUGAAUCGGUUACACUUACACGAGAACCCAGAUCCAGACUAUAUGAUGGAAAUUCUUGAAGAACUCCCUGAAUACACUGAAAGAGACGUUGAAACUGGAACUGCAAUUGUAAAUGCGGUGUCUUUAAUCUGGCUAUGCUUUCAAAGAAGGGAAGAUGACAGUCAUAUGCUAAAAGCUUUCACGGGAUAUAUAACACGUCAAAAACUCAACGAUGAACUACGCAAAUUUUGGAUGAAAGACGAAUUUGAUAGACGUAAGCUGACUGGUAAAACCGUUUUCUCUGAUUUUCACUCAUUUUUACGAAUCAACUUAAAAUUCGAAGAAAGAGAAACUUUUUGCUCUCUAAAUCAGGAACAAGGAGCCACAAGCAAUCUGAAGAGACAAAAUUCGACUCCCCUUUUUGGUAGCCCUCCACCUAAGACCAUCUUUCCGUCGCCGCGAUCAGGUUGUGGAAUCAACAUUCGUAAUUCAUUUGGAUCGAAAGCAAUCUAG